CUUAGAGUUAUUUCUAAAAGUAAUUAUAUUUAACAAAUUCAAACCGCAUAUAUUCCCCUUUGAUAAUUGUUUUGGUCAACCAGAACAUUUUCAUUUUUCAGGUUUUAAUAAUUAAAAGAAGAAUUUAGAGAAGGAGGUGGGGCCUACAAUGGCGGACUUGUAUUUGCCGCGUAAAAAUAUCAUAAAACAAAGUCCUCUUUUAUUCUGCUGUAUAUAUACAGCUACAACAUGUAGCACCUCUUCAAUUUCCAACACAAUUCUCUCUUACCCCUUUCCCCCAGAAAACCCUCCUCUUCUUUCACUCGAUCAGAUCUCACCAUCGCCAUGAAGAAACCAAGCUUCUUAGCAGCCUCUAUCGCCGCCGCUUCCGCCACAACUGCCAUCACUACCUCUAAUCGCAAAAACCAAACCUCUCCCCAGGGUCAUGGAUCAUCGAGCAAUUAUAAUGAAGAUUCGUCGCCGGAGAAGAAGAGUUGUUGCUCGGAGAAAUUCGCGCCAAGAAACCAUCGGAGUGGUUGCAAAUUCCAACGAGAUCGAAAGGGACAAGAGCCGUCGCUCCCCUCUUCUUCCUCUGUUGCUUGGAGCCGCCAAACGCAUCGAGGAUUGUCGAGAAAACACAACCCCGAACACCUCCUUCCUCACAUAAUUGUUGGAUCAGAAAAGAAAGAACAGUCUAGAGGCUGUCGGAGCAACUAUGCGGCUAUUACUAUCCUUCUCAAUAUCUACACCCCAAUUGAAGGCCGGAUUUCAAUCCCACCCUCCACCUUGGCCCUUUCUUAA